GCCACCUGGCGGCGACCCGCCUCUCCACCAGAUGACGUAAACAAACACACGUCAGUUGACACCAAAAUGGCAGAGAAUGGACCGUCCAAGAGCGAUAUUGAGUCUGUCUUUAAGCGACUCAGAGCAAUACCCACAAAUAAAGUAUGUUUCGACUGCAGUUCCAAGAAUCCAACUUGGGCCUCGGUGACAUAUGGAGUUUUCAUCUGCAUCGACUGCUCGGCUGUGCAUCGCAGCCUAGGGGUUCAUUUGACAUUUGUAAGGUCAACACAGCUAGAUACAAACUGGACAUGGCUACAGCUUCGCAAUAUGCAGCUUGGUGGUAACACAAAUGCUGCAACAUUCUUCCGUCAGCAUAACUGCACAUCCACAGAUGCCCAGCAAAAGUAUAACUCGCGGGCAGCGCAGCUUUAUCGUGAAAAGCUCUCUCAAAUGGCCCAGCAAGCUAUGAGGAUCCACGGGACUCGGAUGGAGCUAGACCACGACCAAAUCCAUAAACUGGCUAGCACAGUAGGCCUGGCCGCAUGGUCUCCUGCAAGUAUAUCUGCAUCGCCAUCAACCACUCAGCUAGAGCCUAUGGUGAUUAAUAUUGAUGGACAGCCUGAAACUAUAGUCCAAGAGGAAAAGAAGGAAGUUGAUUUCUUUGAUGAUCACGUCAACAAUGCUGCUCCUGCUUCCCCAGAUUUCGUGCAUUCCAAGCCCGAGUUUAUUUCUGCUAAGAGUAAGGCCAUAAGUAACGGGACUAAUGGGUCGCCAGAAGACGAAGCUGCUCCAAACGUUGAGGUUGCUCUCAACAUGUCUGCCACUGAGGCGCAGAAGCUUGCUAACGAACCUAGAAAGUCUACAAUAGGUCAACGAAGACCUAAUAAAUUAGGAGCAAAGAAAGCAGGAGGACUCGGAGCACAAAGAGUGAAGAAAGACUUUAGCGUGAUUGAAAAGGAAGCCGCCCGUAAUGAUCAACUCAAACAGGAAGCUAAGGAAAUGUCCAAGGAAGAACAGCAACAUUCAUUACAGAAUUUGGAACGUGCUUAUGAAGACAUGAGUUUGGCUGGCAAGCGAGAAGAAGAGAGAAUGAAGAGAGUUGAUCCCAAAAAAGCCCAGCAGGCAGAACGUCUUGGAAUGGGGCUUGGCGCUCGCAGUGGAGCAUCCCACAGCAUGUUUGGAGAGAUGAAAACCAUUGAGCAAGAAACGCCACUUGAUGUGAAGGCCAAUCGCAGCAACAACAAUAAUAAUAAUUCUAACUUCAGAGAUGAAGAAAUUGAAGAGGAUUUUGAAACAAUAAUUCGGUUUGCAUCUGGCCCUCCUAAGUACCGUGAUAGUCCUUUUGAGGAUCGAGGUAAUUAUGGUUUUGCUGGGGGCAAAGGCUCGGGUAUUGAUGAUCUUCUUGGCAACAAGCCGUCAUCAGCAUGGGAUAAUGAAUUUGAAAAGAACAGCAAUACAUCAUCUGGAAUCAGCUCGUCUAGCAGUCUUGGAAACAUGUCCUCUAGUAAAGUCUCAGCCUCGGCCAAUUACAAAUACACACCAGUUGAGGACAACAAAGCUCAACAAAAGUUUGGCAAUGCAAAGGCCAUUUCAUCUGACAUGUUCUUCCAAGAUCGCGAUCCUAAUGCAGAAGUGCGUUCUACUCUGGCUCGAUAUGAAGGAUCAACCUCGAUCUCCUCUGCUGAUCUCUUUGGUGGGACCCAGACCCAAAGGAACUACAGUGGAGGAUCCUUACAGGCUCCAGACUUGGAUGAGGUUCGAGAAUCUGUGCGGCAAGGCGUUACGAAGGUGGCAGGCCGUCUAGGUAGCCUGGCCAACAACGUCAUGUCCUCUCUACAGAGAAAAUGAUGAAAGACUUAGACUAGACCGAUACAUGUAAAGGAACACAGACGUGGGCGAUGGUGCAUUAUAACAUACCCCUUCUAGCCUCUUUCACAUCAGUGUAUUUAGGUAAAGAAAUACCGUUUGGUGAGCUUAUUGGUCGCCCAGUGAGAGAGACAUUUUUGUUUUGUUAAUCAUAUUGUGUAAAUUAUUUUUUUUUCACAUUAAAAAAAGGCUUUAUUUAUAAUGUGAUACACUGUGCAUAUAUCUUGCUACUGUAUAAAUUAUUUAUCGUGCAUUACUAUUGAUUUUUCUUUUUACUUAAUCUGAGCUUAUAAUCUGAGAUAUAUAUACAUAUAUAUACUAUGCAGUGUUUUUGCAUUUUAAGGAAUUGUAUUAUUUGUACAGAAUGUGAUCGUGUCAAACUAUUUGAUGUUCAUGUGAAAAGGAGAUUAAAUGCAUUCUAAUAAAUGUGAGCUGAGAAAUGUAUAAAAUAACUGCUGGUUAUAUCUGUGAAGACUAUUCCCUCGCUCAAAUAACAAAAGCAGUGAUACUAUUACUGAAAUCUUUAUUCGGCUAUUUUAAAGCUCUAAUGGGUAACAAAUAUACUUUACUGCCAUUUCAAGUUUUGUCAACAACAUGAUUAACUUCUUUUACAAUGCUAAAAUGUUUCUAAAAUAUCUGAACAUCAAGCAUUUUCGAUUUUAGUUGGUAAAAGUUAUUAUUUUAGAUUCAUAAAGUGCAUUGAAAUUUAAUACGAAUCCAUUUAACUUGUACUCAUUUUGCUCAUUGUGAAUUGGAGCAAAAUUAUAUAUAAAUCCCUAGUGUAAUCCAGAUCUUUGUUUUCUGUUAUUUGAUAUGGAAAAAGUCCAAAAUGCAUUUAGGAUUUAAAUUUAUAGUUUAGGUAUUCAUAAUGCAACAGAUUAUUGUAUUUUUGUUUAACUCUUGGAAUGGAUUUAUGAUAUUAAAUAUAUUACUUGGGCAAUUUUAUGGCCCCAAUAAUCAGACUCUUAGGAUUAUUGAAGAUUCAAAGCUCAAGUUACAGUAAGCUUCCAUAUGGAGGGAAAUCCAGAAAUCAAACUUUAAAUUCAAAUUUGGCCUUAAAGCCUCCUUUAAAUUGUAAAAGCUAUUGUAAAGUAUCAUUCCAUGCUACCAAAUCCCGAAGGUAUCCUAUUUGAUUUCAAUACUUUUUUUCCUGCCAAUUAGGUUUACAAAUAAUUGGCUUAGGCAUACAGUACUUUAUAUAGAAAUAUUUAAAAGGAAUUAAAAAUAGUGCCAUUGCAAUUAAAAAGUCGCAUCCCUUUGGUUUUAAUAUUUAUCAUUCAUUUUAUUUUAUUGAAAGUAUUACCUUGUCCUAGUAAUAAUGGGGAUUGGGAAUAAAGGCAGAUUUCA